UCCCUGUUUCAAAGGAGCUAUGAGGGUGACGGAUGAGAGGUUUCUCUGGCUUAGAAAGACUUGUUAUUCUUCAGUCAAAGUCUCUGUUCAACUCAUUAUGUAGUUAAAAGCUCUGAGUCGUUGUUAGGUCUUGGGUACGUCAUCGUUAAUCUGAGUUAAAGCAAGUACAAGCUCUCUGUUUAUGUAGGCUACAAAGGCUGUAUCAUUUUGCCUCAGUCACUUAAUAUUAGGAUUUAAUUAAUUAUUGUAUGUUUUCUGUUGGACAUUAUAAAUUGUGCACCUGUGUCAUUUUACAGAUUUUUGGUUGUAUGAAAAACAGACAUUUUAUAGAAGAAACACAGAGGCUCUUUGCUUUUGUUGUUUGGCUCAUUUAUUUUUACCACCUGUUCUGCCAAUUUUGAUUUUGGUUCGGUUGGCUCCCCCCCAAUCGUUUGCAGUAAAUAUAUCUGUAACUGCUGAAUUUCUAUGAUAUGUUAUGUCACAUUAGGGUGCAAUACAAUGCGCUACAAAAAUAAAAAAAAGUAAAAUUUUUGAACCUCUCAAGUUAGGACCUUCCUAUGAAGUCACCCAAGAAUUGACUUUAUGUUAAAUGUAAUGCUAUGUGAAAGUAUAAUGUAGAGUUAUGGAUUUAUGUGUUUUUGGCCUUCACUGAUGUGAGGUGGUAACUGUCUAAUGGCCUCUGGUUAUUUUUGGGAACAAGAGUUUGAGACAGAAAAGUGUCCCUGACACGGCGGAGAACUGUCUGGUAUCAGUGAUUGUAUGGUAUCAGUGAUUGUCUGGUCUACCAGUGAUUGUCUGGCCAUCUGCAUAGACACUUGUGGUGCCAACGAUUGGACCAGGAAGUUAAUGACCUGAAAAGGUGCUUGCUUAACAUUUGGGGUAACAAGCAGGGUCUCAACUCAAGUGGCAGUUUCUACAGAGGAAACCAGAAUGGUGCGUUCCCAAGGCACCAUAACGAGGAGUGAUGGCGGCGUCUGCACCUUCCUCCUCCACCGGCGAACCGGAUCCCAACUCGACAAAUUUACGACCACCUGGCUCAAGCUAUGACGCUUGGUGUGGAGUUGCUCAUGGAUGUACUAGAAAAUUGGGAAUGAAGAUAUGUGGAUUUUUGCAGAAGAACAACAACCUUGAGGAAAAGAUCAGUUCACUGAAGGAAAAACCUUCCAAGGAUCUUCUGGAUAACAGCGACAGGGAUUCCCGUUUUAGACGCACCGAGACAGAUUUUUCCAAUCUGUAUGCUAGAGAUUUAUUACCAGCCAAAAAUGGUGAGGAACCAACCAUGCAGUUCCUGCUGGAGGUGGUGGAUAUUCUCACAAACUAUGUCCGCAAGACCUUCGACAGAUCCACCAAAGUCCUGGACUUUCACCACCCCCACCAGCUGCUGGAGGGCAUGGAGGGUUUCAACCUGGAACUGUCUGACCAACCUGAGUCUCUGGAGCAGAUCCUGGUGGACUGCAGGGAUACUCUGAAAUAUGGAGUGAGAACAGGUCACCCCCGCUUUUUCAAUCAACUUUCUACUGGCUUGGACAUCAUUGGUUUGGCAGGAGAAUGGCUCACCUCCACUGCAAACACAAAUAUGUUCACCUAUGAGAUCGCCCCAGUCUUUGUGCUCAUGGAGCAGUUGACGCUGAGGAAGAUGAGGGAGAUUAUUGGCUGGCCAAAUGGUGAGGGUGAUGGGAUAUUUUCACCAGGUGGAGCAAUAUCCAACAUGUACAGUGUGAUGAUUGCCCGGUACAAGUUCUUUCCUGAAGUCAAGGCCAAAGGCAUGACAGCAGCCCCGAGACUGGUACUGUUCACCUCAGAGCACAGCCACUACUCUAUUAAAAAAGCCAGUGCUGCUCUGGGCUUUGGAACAGAAAACCUGAUCCUGUUGAGCACAGAUGAAAGAGGGAGAGUAAUUCCUGCUGAUUUGGAAGCCAAGGUCAUCGAUGCCAAGGCCAGGGGUUGUGUGCCAAUGUUCGUGAACGCUACAGCUGGCUCCACAGUGUAUGGUGCAUUCGACCCCAUCCAUGAGAUUGCAGACAUCUGCGAGAAAUACAACAUGUGGCUACAUGUGGAUGGUGCAUGGGGAGGAGGACUUCUGAUGUCCAGGAAGCACAGGCACAAGCUGAGUGGCGUAGAGAGGGCUAACUCAGUCACCUGGAACCCUCACAAGAUGAUGGGAGUGCCACUGCAGUGCUCUGCCAUCCUGGUCAGAGAGCGGGGUGUGUUAUCAGGCUGCAACUCUAUGUGUGCUGGCUACCUCUUCCAACCUGACAAACAGUACGACGUGUCGUACGACACAGGGGACAAGGCCAUCCAAUGUGGGCGACAUGUAGAUAUCUUCAAAUUCUGGCUUAUGUGGAAAGCAAAGGGAACGGUGGGGUUUGAACAACACAUCGACAAGUGCUUGGACCUCUCGCAUUAUCUCUACACCAAAAUCAAGGACCGCCAGGGCUAUCAGAUGGUGUUCGAGGGAGAGCCCCAGCACACAAAUGUUUGCUUCUGGUACCUUCCGCCAGGUAUUCGGGGCAUGCCUGAUGGUCAGGAGAAGCGGGAGAGGUUGCACAAGGUGGCCCCCAGGAUCAAGGCCAUGAUGAUGGAGUCUGGAACUACCAUGGUUGGAUACCAGCCUCAGGGGGACAAGGUCAACUUCUUCCGCAUGGUCAUCUCCAACCCCGCUGCCACCCGAUCAGAUAUCGACUUCCUGACCGACGAGAUUGAAAGACUGGGGCGGGACCUGUAAUGACCACGCCCAUAACAGAUGUUGUCCUUUGACUUUUCCUCUGCAGCUUUGUCGUGUCCAGCUUAAAAAAAAGACCCUGAGCUACAGUAAGCUUCAUGUUCCUGUUGUCUAUUGAGCAGUCGUGUAGGACUUUGAAACUCAAGCUUGUAGGUCUUUUAAAACCACAGGUGACCUUCAGAAUAUUAAGCAAGUGAUCCAUGUUUCCUAUCUGUUCUGUCUUUUAGCAGUGACUAUGCCAUUGUAAGAUGACUAUUGAACAGUAUAAUCUAAAUAAGAAUACAUAUUCACAUAAUUGAGACAUUUUCAGUAGAGACAGAGCACAAUACAAGGGACCUCAUGGCAUAGAUUCAGUAUAUUCAGUAUUGUAAUAUAUACUGUACAUAUAUAUAUAUUAUAAUAGUGACUAUUGGCGCUGUGUGUUGUCCAUGUAAUUAUUAAGUCAGACACACUGUAUGCAUCACCACAUUGUAUCCAGGCUGUUCUUCCCCUUUCAUAUUAAGUAUAGGGGAAAGGUACUGUAACAUAGUGAUUAUAACAGGUACUGUAUUCUACUGCUGUGUUUUUAGAGCUAAUACAUCUUGUCUAGAUUGUGUAUAGUAAUGUUACAUGGCUUUUGUGAUAACUGUGUCCUAGUUUUACAGUAACACAAGUUCCCAUGAUGAUAAUAUAAGCAUUUAAUAGAUAUAAUCCCUAUUUAUAUCAAGAAAGUAUAUGUGUGAAAGAGUUAUCUAUUCCAUUUGUAAUGUAUCCUUACUUAUAUUUUGAAACACUUCGAUAUAUUACCCGAAUGUUUUGAGUAAAAAUUAUAUUAAAGGUAUUUUAGUGUAUUUGUGAACCAAAGAAGGGUAUACUUAUACUUGCAAAUGAAUAUAAAUACAGCCCUUAAUGUAACCAAUAGAUGGAUUAAGAUAUUUCUAUAGGAAUAUGGAACUCAGUGUCCACCCUUAACCUUAGUGCCAUCAAUGUUGUGUAACUGUGAUGUCAUUGUGGAUCACAUUGACUGAAUGUUCUAGAGUCACAUGACUAGCUGGGAGGGAAGCUGAGCUCUGGCAGCUAUGUUGCUGGUGUUUCAUUUCAUGAAAAGCACAAUGCUAAACUACUGUAUGUGGGGGGAAAAAUAUCCUUGGGACAAAAGGAUUCUUUGUAUUUUAACGGUGAUGCAUUUUAGAGCAUUAACUCUGCCUUGAAGUAUUUCACUUCAUCAAGGGUGCCAUUUAUUGAAAUAUAUCACACCUUUCAAAUCUUUAACUGUUAUGUCAUGGACUUAUUUUGCUCCACAUGUGCACUAUAUUAUCCUUUGAGAAUUGAUGUUGUAAGAGACCAAUUGUGUGCCAUUGAGAUGUUGACCUACACAAAACAAAUGCAGUUAUUUUGUUUCUGUGAUGAGAUUGAUUUAAUACAUUCCUAAGCGAGUGGGAUGGAUGUCUGCUGUCAAGGUGGGCACUUUAAAACGUAACACUAUGUGCAUAGUAUUACUGUCCUAUUUACACCACUAAUACAAAUCUCAGCUUUAAAACAUUUCAGAAGAACAUUUUGGCAGUUCUUGUUAAUGAGGUCCAAUGAUAAUUUGCUAUGCAUUGCACUCAAUUAAUAAAUCUGUGGCUAUGAGUCUGCUUGACUUGAUGUUAA